GACACAUUCCGUUUUGCUAGGCUAGAGGUCUCUUCCCUCAUCAUCACUCCUUUGAACACAGAAAUGACCAAGUCUGUUUGCAUCAUUGGUGCCGGCCCUUCGGGGCUCGUCGCAGCCAAAUCUUUACUGCAUGAUGUCGGCCCAGGGACUUUCAAAGUCACCAUCUUCGACAGCCAGAGCCGCAUAGGCGGCCUGUGGCCUGCCUCCAAGACAGACAAUGGCGGGCUCGUGCACCCGCUCAUGGUCGCGAAUCAGAGCAAACACACAGUCCAGUUCAGCGACCUGGCAUGGGAGCCUUCCGCACCGCAGCUCCCCCGCGCCUGGCAGGUCGGACAGUAUCUCGAGCGAUAUCGACAACGUUAUCUCCAGGCUGCUGAUCUGCGACUUGGUCACAAAGUCGUGGCAACCGAGGUCAAGACUGGUGGGUCAUGGGAGAUACAGACCAGCUCCGAGAAAGGCGUGGAGACGAGCGUGUUUGACUGUCUCAUCGUCUCGACGGGCUUCUUCGGCCAGCCGAUCUGGCCAGAAGAUAUACCCAGGAAGAAUGAUGUGCCCAUCAUUCACAGCAGCAGAUAUAGGACCCUGCAAGACCUUCUACCACGAGACAAGCCGGCGGGUGGGAAGAUCCUGGUCGUUGGUGGCCAGAUGUCUGGCAUUGAGAUUGCUGGCACUGUCGCGACUCACUUGUCUACCGCCAUCAACACGCCUGAUGACAAGCCAAUUGCCCAACCAGAAAAGUACAAGAUACAUCAUGUCGCGCACCGUCCCGCAUGGGUCCUUCCGCUGUUCACUUCACCUACUCCCAAAGAAGCGGCUCCCUUUUUCUUGCCGUGCGACCUUCCCUCGUAUAACCUGGCCGGGCGCCCAAAGCCGUUGACCAACAAGUCGGGCUCCAUCAGCGAGGAGGCCGCGCAGCAGUCCAACGGGAUCUUCAAGGUUGUCCUUGGGACAGAUCAAUCUGAAUUCUCCCCGCAGACUGCGAUUCAGGGCGACUUAUUGGAUGCGCCGCCAUAUCUGGCAGUCAGCGAACACUACCUGGACUUUGUCCGGUCUGGCCUGAUUGAGGUGAGCAAAGGCAAAGUCUCGGGCGUCUCCGGGUCUGCAGUUACAAUUUCUCCAAGCGGUGAGAGGAUUGAGGAUGUCGCAGCCGUGAUCCUAGCAACUGGAUUUGACCCAGCGGCUUCGAUCUCUUUUCUACCCUCUGCAGUCCAGGAAGCCAUCUCAUUCGACCCUUCAAACGUCAACCUACCUGCUGCGCUUGCUUUCCAUGGCACACAUCAUCCCACCUUCCCAAGCUUGGGCUUUGUAGGGUUUUACAGGUCGCCAUACUGGGGCGUGAUGGAAAUGCAGGCGAGAUUCGUGGCCCAGAUGCUUCUUGGCUCAGAGGCAAAAGCGUCUCUUGAGGAUACAUUGGACCAAGACAAGAGCAUUGAGCAUAUCCUGCAUUUGAGGUCCGACCCAAGGACUGCCCAGUUCCCAACGGGCGACUAUCCUUUUAUCAUGCAGGAAUUCGGAAAUGCUCUUGGCAUUCAGAUAUCCGAACCCCUGCCAACUCCCGAGCUGCCUGAGGGAAAGGCCAUGGACAUCCUGACACCUGCGCGAUAUGUCAUGCCGGGCCUGUCCCGGGAACAACAGGACGAAGUUGACAAGAAUCUUGCAUCAACCAACGAGGCAGCCCUCGGUGGCCUCACAAAAGCCAAGUUCGUGGCGCAUGCGGUCUUUCGGUCAUUGUUGGGAGACUGGAUUCUCGAGCGCGACCUCAUCUCCAAAUUACCUUCCCACCCUAGCGGCCGCUUUGUUGGGGUUGCCAAGUUCCUCUUGCGAGAAGGCACUGCUGAUGGCCGAAGUCUGGACAAAGAGUCCGACCCUGGGAUGGAAUAUCUCUACAUUGAGGACGGCGACUUCACCGCCUCCAACGGCAUGAAAUUCCGUGCUACCCGGCGGUACAUUUGGCGUUUCAACGACGCAACCGACACCCUGAGUGUAUGGUUUGCCAGGACAGACGACAACUCGCGGGCAGACUACCUCUUUCACGAUGUCGAGUUCCUGGUUCCGGACAAGCAGCCAAGCAGUGCCCACAAAUGCUGGCACGCCAAGGCUGCUCAUCUUUGCAUUGAUGACAUGUACAACGUCAAGUACGAGUUCAACUUCGGCGCUGUAAACUUGAAAGACUGGCGUCUCGCAUAUACCGUCAAUGGUCCGAAGAAGGACUAUACCAUAGAUGGCACUUACCGCAGAGCUUAGAAUCUAAUAGAUGCCGAGCGGAGUUUUGACCAUGGAGUUCGACUCAUUCCUCGUAGCGGAAUUUCGCCAGGGCCAGAUUCAUUUUUGACGUGGUGCAACUCAUAUGGCUUGUAGCUGUUCUUCCGGGUCGGGCAGUGUAUAGCUUUGCUUGUAAAGAAACCUGUUCGAGUACUCGAUCUCAGCGUACUCUCUGG